AUGGCGAGCGCCGUCCACGUGCUGGACAGCGUGGCGGAGGCGAAGCGACGGAAGCGAAAGCGCGAGGAUGCCAGGGCGGCGCUCGACGGCCACACUGUCCUGUCCACCGGAUCGCGCCUCGAGAUCUUCUGCGACAGUGAGCGGUGUUACAAUUGUACCCUGCGACCGUCAUGGCGCGGGAGGAGGACGGGGACGCGGGACGGACGGAUCGUGCACGAGGUCGAGUACGACGGCUACUCGGGUCGGCGGUGGUGGCACAUACUGGACGACGAGCGCGCGCUGGCGGACACCCUCGAGGCAGAGGAUGACGAGCAGCAGGAGGAGGCUGCGCGCGGCGAUGAGCGGCUGAUGCUAGCGCCCCACGGGCCGGCGCUGUCGGUGCAGCUUCGGCGCGUGCGCCUGCGGCUGCGCGAGUUCCUGGCGACGCAGGCCGCGGCGGGGAAGAGCGUGCCGAUGCAGCGGACGGCCCUCGGUCUGCACCCGACGUGGCUGGCGACGACGCGAAUCAUCGCGCCGAGGGCGAGCCGGUGGCACGCGACCGAGCGGGGCGACGCGCGGGAGGAGGAGCCGACGGUGCGCACGGGUCGCGGCGAGAACACGGUUUACAUCGGGCUGCAGCACAUGAAGAACCACGUGUGGCGCGAGAUCUGGCCGGCGAUGCCGAGCGACGCGAGGCAGUACUGGCGGCUGGUGACCAACCAGGCGGCGGGCCGCGAGGCGGCGCGGGAGAGCGCGUCGCACGGGCAGAGUAAGGCGGCGCAGCGGGCGGCGAGCGAGAGGGCGAGCGCCGAGGCGAGCCGGCGGACGAUGGCCGAGCUUCGCGAGGCGACGACGAAGCCGAGCAUGAAGCAGCACCUCUUCCAGGUGGGAGAGUACCAGAUGCAGGACACGCAGCUGAUAGAGCCGUUCGAGGUGAACGUGGCCUUCAUUAUGAACGCCUACUUGUGCUUCGCGCGGCAGACCGGUUUCCUCGAGAGGGUGCUGUAG